UUUCUUUCUCCCUUGUUUUCUCUUCCAUCUGCCUUUCUUUCUCCUUCGUGUUCUCUUCUCUAUCCCUUUCUGCCCCUCUCGUUUCCUCCUUUAUCUCCAUUCCUUUUUUAUCCCUCUGUCACGUUUCUAUCUCUUUUUGUCGCCGGGUUGUCCUCUGUUUUUCGCAUUCGUCGCUUUCUCUCGUCUUUCUGUGUCUUCUGGUCUGGAAACGAGGGAUUCCCCGACGUCUUCUCUUUUCCGUUGACUCAGAUUGGACGUGAAGAACAUCAUUUCCUUCCGCGUUCUUCCCUGCGUCCGUCGGGUGUACAUACACCUGAGCCUCGCUGCGCUGUGACCCGUCGCGAGACGUGUCGAUCUGAGUCCGAAAAUGAGUGAGACUUUUUGUUGACGUGGAACUGAAGGCUUCACCGAGGGCAGGGCGGCCUUCGCGUGCGCUUUCACACUGAAUACUCUGUCUCUGUGGCCAGGCGCAAGCAACAUGGAGUACAAUUCCCUCUCGCGUCUCCUUCCGGUACGCGGAGCUGGGCCAGGCCCUCUUCUACGACCCGUUCGUUCCUCGUGCUUUGUCUCUGCACCUCAAAGAACUCGCCAAAAGGGCUGCGUCACUGCAUGCAGAUCACAAGCUGACAGAGCGGCUCGAUGUCUAUGUUUCCGGUGUCCAAGUGUAAUCCGAUACCGCACGUCGGGUGUACAUACACCGCGUGUCGUUGGAGGUCGCACAGAUGGGCCACGCCGCGGCGCCGUCUCCGUUUUUUCGGCGCGAAGAGACAGAAGAGACAAACUGAGGUGGUCAGUUUCACCGCGGGGUAAUUCAGCGAAGGUGCUCCACCGUUUUCUUCCGGGUUGUGUGCUCGAACGUGGCGCGCGCUCUGUACCUGAGAAUAGAAUUCAAUUCGUCGACGCAGAAAGUCCACCUCGUUUCUUCCAGCUUUCCUCACCUCUUAUCAGUUUCCAUUUUCGCAGACAGUCAUGCAACCCCGUAUCUCUUCGGGCUUCUCCGCGGAUCUUCUCUUCGUCUGCGAUCUCAUCGUCUGUCUUCUCUGGUCCGAUCCGCCUUCCGUCCUCUCUUCCUCCUCGUUCUCUCUCCUCCCUCCUUUCUUCCUCUUCUCUCAGUUUCAGCGCCUCUUUUGUUUCCUGUCUGAGUAGCCGCUCUUCUUCUUUUCACUCGCUUCGUCUUAGUCUCUCUGCCUCCAAGCGUCUUCCUUGUCUGGCUCUCGGCCACCCCCGAAACAGAGUUUCCUCCUCGAGUGCGUUUUUCGCGCGAGCGUAUGCAGUUCCUGCCAGCGCCGCCGAAGCCUCCGCGAAGAAGGCAGAAGGCGGGAACCUUUUGAAUGCAAAGUCAGGGGGGUUGUCGGCGCGCGGUCGCCGGGAGAAUUUCCAGGCUCUUCGGUCAACAAUGAGCAAGCGUUCCAAGCGUCCAGAAAAGCUGCAUGCAGACGACGGAGGCCGACUAUCUCCUUUUCAGACGCACGUAGAGUCUCCUGCGUCUCCUCUCGUUGCUUCCGCGUCUCAGAGGCCCUCGACAAAGACAGACCACAGAGCCCCGACGCCGCAUUCUCCUCUGGCGUCUCGCUCUCCGACUGGCGGCCUCGGGAGAAGAACAGAAAACGAAGAGCAAGUGAAACAAAGGCGAACCGAGAAACCGAUCUUCCGCGUCGAAUUCCCCGAGGAACCGCGCUCGCCUGUUCUCCAGGCAGCGUCGUCGGUCUCUGCUCAGAUUCGACUUAUUCACGAACAACGGGCGCAAGUCCGCCGUCUGAAGAGGCGGCAAGUGGCGCCGCUGCCUCGAAAGCACUGGCUGUACAUGCAGGCGAAGCGACUCGAAGAAAUGGACGCGAAAGCGGCCUCGGCUUCGCGGCUUCGAGUGUCUACUUUGUCUCCCCAGGGCAACGAGGCGUGGGCUGGAGCGCCAGAAGGCAAGGCGGAAGAAACGGCCGCUCAGUCGAUUUUCGCAGAAGACGGAGGAGACAUCGACCAGCAGAUUCGCGCCUGGAGGAGACGAAAGGGCCUGCCGGAGGAUGGAGAGGAGGAAACUAACAAAGAGCGACGACGGCGACUGAGAGCAGAGAAACUGCGAGAGAUGAAGAGGAAAGUUCGAUGGGAACUGCCGACAGUGGAAACAACAGAGACGGGCGGAGCUUCUGGCGCUUCAACCCAGACUCAUCCCGCCUUCGACGCGAUGCUCUCCUCCUCAGCUCCCAGUCUGAACCGUGUCAUUCAACUCGAAGAGGUUUCUUCUUCCUCUUCGUCUCCUUCGUCUUCGUCUCCUUCGGCUUCUCCUUCUGCUCCAGAGAAGGUUUGUUUCACAUGGGAGUGGCAAGAAGGCCAAGAGGCUCCUGUGGAGACGGCGGCGGAGAGCGCACAAGACGAGGCGCGCGCGAGCGAGAGGAGAGGACGAGGACGGAGGGAACGGAGAGCAGAAGUCCUCGCGAAUCGCCAAGCUGCUUCCCUAGAGGCGCCGCCCCACUGGCUGGCGAAGAAGAAAGUCGAGCCCCACCGCUUUAUGGCGCAACUUGGCUUGACUGAAGUGCCCCAGGCCUCACAUGACUGCAUGCACCCGCGUUCCGACAGUGGAAACGCUUCUGGGGAGACACGAGAGGCAGAGCUGAGGAACUCCAAGCUGGAGGUUGUCGACGGAGACGAAGGCAGCGCACACGGCACUCCCAGUGUCUUUUCGUCAGAGGAAAACGUUUGCGCGAAAAGAGAAAUGAUAGACGCGAACCGAAUGGCGAGUGAUGAUGAGAAGACACCGCAUCCUAAAGGCCGCGCAUCAGAGAGACCAGCCGACCUCUCAGUGUCUCCUUCGUCCUCUCUCUCUUCGUCAUCGCACGCCGUGUCUGUUUCUUCGCUUCCCUCCUCUAUCGCAGUGCCCGAAUCUGGGCUAAUUCCGAUGUCUCCUUCUUCCUCAGGUCGCGCGGAUUCGGAUCGUUUCGCGGAAGGUUUGCUGGACUCGGGAGCGAGUUUAGUUCGGCAGUUGAAGCGGCGAGCUCUGCAGUACGAAGCGACAGGCGUGGACCCUUCGCUUCUGGACACUUGGGCGUCUUCUGUGGGAUACUUCCCUGGACUCGAGCGACACCAGCGGGAGCAGGAGAUGCGCCAGCUGGCGCCACUGAGCUUUCAGAGCCUCCUGGAGUCCGGCCGUGGGUCUACGAAGAACUUCAACUCUUUGAUCAAGGCAAAGGUUUUCUUUUCAGACACAGCAGCUGCUCUCGACGUCCUCGAGAAGAUGGCUCGUCACGGCUUCCCCCCUGACGAGGAGUCCUUCGUCCACCUGAUUGGCGGCGCCGCACGCAGGGGAGACAGUGCAUGCGCGCGCAUGCUCUUCCUGAAGAUGCGGGCGACUCUCUCCUCGCCUCCCUCUGCUCGCGUGUACGCUGCCCUCAUUCAAGCUCACGUGGCUGCGCAGGAUCUCCCUUCCGCGUUUGCGCUUUUGAGGAAGAUGGAGGACGAGCACAUCCCUGCGGACUGCGUGGUGUACACGGUGCUUAUUGAUGGACUGGUUCGAGCAAAGAAAAUCAGAAAAGCCUGGCGAACGUUUUGGACGAUGAGAACCUGGAAAGGCUUGGAGCCCGACGAGGUCCUGUUCACCGUGAUGAUCAAAGCAUGUGCUGUGAGGGGGGAAGCUGAACGCGCGAUCAACCUCCUCGACGACAUGAGGGCCUCGGGACUCCACCCGACAGACGUGACUUACGCGGAACUCAUGCAUGCAUGCUGCGACAGAAAAGACUUCGCGUCCAAGUGCUUCCACUUUUACCACCAAAUGCUCGCAGAAGACAUGCCUAUCACGCUCCCCGUCUACGCCUUCCUCCUCAGGGCGUGCGCAGCCCAGGGGAAUGUGAAGCGCGCAAAGGACGUCGUACGUCAGAUGGUUCGUGAAAACGUUUCUUUUUCGUCCUACAUGUACACCUUGGUGAUUCGCGUGUUCGCCUCCGCAAUGCGUCUGCCAAGAGUCAGCGACGCCGAGCGAAUUGCGAAUCUGCGGUACGCCUGGCACCUCGUUCAAGAUAUGCGCGCAAAAGGCGUCGAAAUAGAAACAAAGACGCUCAAUGCGUUGCUCGAGGUCUACAUCGCGGGAGGCUUCUCCCAGUAUGCUGUCGAAAUGCUGAAGCAGUACCACGUCCUCGGCUGCGAACCGGACAUCUACACCUACAAAGCUCUCCUCACGAUGUUCGCCAGAGACUUGAAAGAUGUGGGUCGUUUUUUCGCGCUCUGGGACUUCAUGAGGCGCCACACGUCGCUGUCGCCGCCACCGGCGUUGCUUCAUUUGGCUCUGAGCACAGCCAUGGAUUCUCAGUCGGCGAGCAGAACGGUGAAGGUUCUCCAAGAGAUGUACGCGUUGAAGGUGUUUCCUACUCCGCAUUUGACGGACCGACUGGCGCGCGUGGGCCGCGAGAUCACGGCAAUUCACGAGAUGAUUGGUCUGUUCGUGAAGCUGCAGAAACAAGACGUCUUUGACAAGAACCGAAAGGAGCAGCAGCUGCUUCAGACGCAGAUCGACGAACACGAACUGAAGGUCUUUGCGGAACGCGGAGUACCCCUCAAGGGCGACGCGACCCCUGAGCAAGAGGUCCGGAAAGAGUUCUUCGACAAGCAAGACAAACUGAAAAAGGCAAAAUUUGGAGGCAACCGCAGGCCGUGGUUGCCUCUCGGAGAGUUCCUCCAGUCCAAGCAGAAGGGCGGCGAAGCCUACGCAAAAAGACACGACCGGCCAAGACCCCCUCCCGAAGUCGAUGCAUGAAUAGACAGAUAGAUCUUUUCCACUCCAAAAGGCGUUUCUCGACAACGCAUGCAAAGACACACAGAAGUCGCCUGUCCAGUGGACAACGACAGAUGUAUCUCUAUGCACCUGUACACCUCUAUAUCUUUUGGGAGCGCUGUACUGUAUAUUGGGAUACAUGCAGGUGGGAGGAUGCAGAUAUGAUGUUCGUUGGUCGUUCGUGUGCGUUUACGCAGCGCGUAUGAUAAAAAUAACUGCAUUACUCAAUUUCGCAUGAAUAUCACAGUUUAUUGGGGUUUUGUAAGUUCAGGAACAACGGGUCCGUCGAACACUCUCUUUCGGUCGUCUUUGAUGCCGUUUGUUGUCCUGUUUUUCUUUGAGCACACUCUGCUCGCUUCUGUUGGGUGUGUGGAAAUCCC